AAAAAAAAAAAAAAAAAACUUUUGAAAGGUAAAUAUAUUAGGGCUAUAGGGAUUCGCCCAUUUUCCAUAACAAAAGAAAAGGGAGAAGAUUCUAGGAUAAAGGGAUUCGCCGAAUUUGGUUGGCUUGAAGCGUUACUAAGAAUGGAUGAGCUUGUUCUGAAAUCUUUUAACGGCGGUGGCGAUAAUGAGCAUUAUUUAUCUAUUAUUUCUCCCCAAGACAUACCUCCCAAGGAAGGCUUUGAAAAUAUCCAUCUUUAUUUUUAUGAUAAAAAUAAAGAAAAUGUUUCCGGUAAUAUUUGUGGUGGGCUGUUGUAUUUGGAUGAUUUUAAUGGCAAAAGUGUUGUGUGCAACUUAACAACUAAAGAGUUCAAAUUUCUUUGUCCGCCCAAGAAAGCCUCUCCAUGUUGGGACAAUUUCAAUGGGAGUGGUCUCGGAUAUGAUUCUGAAUCUGGCGACUACAAGGUCAUUCGAAGCUAUACUCGAUGCAAUUGCGAUCCAGACGAUGAAAAUGAUAGAGAAGGGUGUCGUGGUGGUCGCCAUACAAAAACUGAGUUGUAUUCGCUUCAAAGCGAUUCUUGGAAGGAGAUUCCGAAUCCUAAUUCUCAUAUUUUCCCUGAAUGUGGUGUGUCUAUUAUGGGGAAUUGUUAUUGGACAGUAGUAUCACAUGAUGGCUCAACUUUUUCUAUUUUAUCAUUCAACUUUAGUGAGGAAAGUUUCUCUUGCAUUCCUUCACCACCUGUUACUAUGAAGAAAUUUAUGUAUGUUGUUGUUGAGUGUGAUGGUUUUUUGGGUGCUAUUGUCUUUGAGCGAAAGUCCAAGCGUGGAGUUAAGUCUUUUCAACUUUGGGUAUGGAAAGAAAGUUCGUGGGUCAAAUCAUUUGGUGUUGCUCUUCGUGGUAUUGAAAAACCGUUGGGAUUGAAAGAUGGUCGUUUUUUAUUACUUGAAAAGAAAAGAAAAAGAAAAAGUAGAAAAAGAAAAAGUGGUGAUGAUCUCAGUCGUCCAUUAGUAGUUUAUGAUUGUAUUUCAAAAGAGUGGAAGGAACCUGAUAUCUAUGCUUGUGCACAAGAUGUGAAGGUUCUUUCUUAUGUUCAGGAUAGAGUUUUGCUAGUAUAUAAUUGGAUCACGAAAAAACAAAGGAUGAAGGUUCUUUCUUAUGUUGAGGACAAAAUUCUGCUACCAGAUACAAAGCCAAUGAAUCGUCCACAAAAUGUUGAAGAUUCGUCUGUCCGAGAAGGUGCUCAAAAGAUGCCGUCAAUCGACAUCCAGCCGCUGAAGAAGAUGAGCCGUAGCUCAUAGUUGAAGGGUAGGUGCGGAAGAAGAAAUAUAUUUCGCUCAAGGUAGAAGUCUGUCAUUUUGAUCCUCUGCCGGAAUAAGAAAUGGUUGGGACUUAUAUACUUUAGAUUUUGGUUAUGUUUCUUUUGUCAGUGUUUAGAUAUGAAUUCUUUGCAGCAAGAAUUAAAUGCUAUAAAUACGCAUCAUAAGAUAUAACAUAGAAAUUCAAUGGUCGUCUCUGUGUUGUUGUGCUUACUUAAUGCUUACUGGUUUAGGAUAUCUGAAAUGAAUUUGCUGCCAAGGAAUAUAGACAAGGUUGUUGUUAUCGGUGGUGGAUUGAUGAGGUCUGAGAUUGUAGCAUUACUGGUUCUUGGAAAUUACAAAGUCGUUUUGAAAGAGAAGAAGAGGGAGCAUCUGUUGGAAGGGAUCAACAAAAUCAGAGGUAAGUUUCAGUGUUUCUGAAACGUAAAAGAAUCAAUAUAUAGAAGCUAUUCUUUUGUGGCAGAAAAUUUGCACACACACUUGAAGAAUGGAAAGGCAACUGUGCAGGGGCUUGAAAAGGCUUUCACUCGACUGAAAGGCGUUGUUGAUUAUGAUAACUUGGAAGAGAUGGUAUGGUAGGGUUUGGCAGGACGUCUGAAUGAGGAUAGGGAAUAGGGUUCAAGGAAGAAAACAUAAUAUGUUCAUAUGUGCUUUCAUUAAGUGGAUUUACUUUUAUUAUUAUUAUUAUUAUUAUUCUCUGUGUUCUGCCAACAUGGCAAUUGAUCGGAACACGUUAAUUACCAAUUGUCGGAUUAUUUUUA